UCCGGCGCGGGUGCUGGAAGAAGGGCAAGGGUAGUACCUGCUAUGGUAGAGUUUGCUUGGUAGCGCGCAAAGCCCGGUGCGAUUGAGCCCUUUCUCCGUCUUCGUGACCGGAGGGAGUUUUGGAGGAGCCCCAAGCACAGGCGGCUUGAGGCAGUGCCGAGGCAGACCUGGCUUUGUGGUUUGUUUGAUGCCUAGCAGAAGUUUACUGGCCCAAGUCAGUAUUGAAAAUGCAUAUUAAAUCAAUCAUUCUUGAGGGAUUCAAGUCCUAUGCUCAGAGGACAGAAGUCAAUGGUUUUGACCCCCUCUUCAAUGCUAUCACUGGUUUAAAUGGUAGUGGAAAAUCUAACAUAUUGGACUCCAUCUGCUUUUUGCUGGGAAUCUCCAAUCUGUCUCAGGUUCGGGCUUCUAAUUUACAAGAUUUAGUUUACAAAAAUGGGCAGGCUGGAAUUACCAAAGCCUCAGUGUCAAUCACCUUUGAUAAUUCUGACAAAAAGCAAAGUCCUUUAGGAUUUGAAGUUCAUGAUGAAAUCACAGUAACAAGGCAGGUGGUUAUUGGUGGCAGGAAUAAAUAUUUAAUCAAUGGAGUAAAUGCAAACAACACCAGAGUACAGGAUCUCUUCUGUUCUGUUGGUCUGAAUGUUAACAACCCUCACUUUCUCAUCAUGCAAGGGUCGAUUACCAAAGUAUUGAAUAUGAAACCUCCUGAGGUAAGAGAGUUGCUAUUUAUGGAAAAAGCAGCUGGAACCAGAAUGUAUGAAUACAAAAAAAUAGCUGCCCAGAAAACUAUAGAAAAAAAAGAAGCUAAGCUGAAAGAAAUUAAACGGUAAUUAAUUAUACUUGAAGAAGAGAUUACUCCAACUAUUCAAAAAUUAAAAGAGGAAAGAUCUUCCUAUUUGGAAUACCAAAAAGUAAUAAGAGAAAUUGAACAUUUGAGUCGUUUAUACAUUGCUUAUCAAUUUUUACUGGCUGAAGAUACCAAAGAACGCUCCGCUGAGGAGUUGAAAGAAAUGCAGGAUAAAAUUCUAAAACUUCAAGAAGAAUUGUCUGAGAAUGAUAAAAAAAUAACACUUAAUCAUGAAAUAGAAGAAUUAGAAAAAAGAAAAGAUAAGGAAAUUGGAGGUGUACUUCGAUCUUUAGAAGAUGCUCUUGCAGAAGCUCAGCGAGUUAAUACUAAAUCUCAAAGUGCUUUUGACCUCAAGAAAAAUCUGGCAAGUGAAGAAAACAAACACAAGGAGUGAAAAAAUAUGAUUGAGGACUCUAAAACCUUAGCAGCAAAGGAAAAAGAAGAAAAGAUAACAGAUGGGCUACAUGACCUUCAAGAAGCAAGUAAUAAAGAUGCUGAAGCUUUGGCUGCUGCACAGCAACACUUCAAUGCUGUUUCCGCUGGCUUGUCCAGUAAUGAAGAUGGAGCAGAAGCAACUCUCGCUGGUCAAAUGAUCGCCUGUAAAAAUGAUAUAAGUAAAGCUCAGACAGAGGCCAAACAGGCCCAAAUGAAGCUGAAACAUGCCCAGCAAGAAUUAAAGAAUAAGCAAGCAGAAGUUAAGAAGAUGGAUAGUGGCUACAGGAAGGAUCAAGAAGCUUUAGAAGCUGUAAAAAAACUUAAAGAAAAACUUGAAACCGAAAUGAAGAAGCUAAAUUAUGAAGAAAAUAAGGAGGAAAGACUUUUGGAAAAACGCAGGCAGCUGUCUCGUGAUAUCAGUAGAUUGAAAGAAACAUAUGAAGCUCUCUUGGCCAGAUUUCCCAAUCUUCAAUUUUCCGUUAGGGAUCCGGAGAAGAACUGGAACAGAAAUUGUGUGAAAGGACUUGUAGCUUCUCUGAUUAGUGAAGAUAGUUCUGCAACCACAGCUUUAGAACUGGUGGCUGGAGAACGACUCUACAAUGUUGUAGUAGAUACAGAGGUUACUGGUAAAAAGCUAUUAGAAAAGGGAUUGAAGCGACGUUACACUAUAAUUCCACUCAAUAAAAUUUCAGCCAGAUGUAUUGCUCCAGAAACUCUGAGGGUUGCUCAGAAUCUUGUUGGUCCUGAUAAUGUUCAUGUGGCUCUAUCCCUGGUUGAAUACAAGCCAGAACUUCAGAAAGCAAUGGAGUUGUCUUUGGAACAACGUUUGUUUUGUGACAGUAUGGAUAAUGCCAAAAAAGUGGCCUUUGAAAGGAUAAUGACUAGAACUGUAACUCUAGGAGGUGAUGUAUUUGAUCCUCAUGGGACAUUGAGUGGAGGUGCUCGAUCCCAGGCAGCUUCUAUUUUAACCAAGUUUCAAGAACUCAAAGAUGUACAAGAUGAACUAAGAAUUAAGGAAAAUGAGCUACGGACUCUAGAGGAGGAAUUAGCAGGUCUUAAAAACACUGCUGAAAAGUAUCGCCAACUAAAACAACAGUGGGAGUUGAAAACAGAGGAGGCAGAUUUAUUACAAACCAAGCUCCAGCAAAGCUCAUAUCACAAACAACAAGAAGAAUUAGAUACCCUUAAAAGAACAAUUGAUGAAAGUGAGGAGACCUUAAAAAACACCAAAGAAAUCCAAAAAAUAGAAGAAAAAUAUGAAGUGUUGGAGAAUAAAAUGAAAAAUGCAGAAGCUGAAAGAGAGAGAGAACUAAAAGAUGCUCAGAAAAAACUGGAUUGUGCCAAAACAAAGGCAGAUGCAUCUAGUAAGAAAAUGAAAGAAAACAACAGACUGGUGGAAGUUGAAGCUAUCACUCUGGAGCUAGAAGAGCUCAAGAGAGAGCAUGCGUCUUAUAAACAACAGCUUGAAGCUGUAAAUGAGGCUAUCAAAUCCUAUGAAGGUCAAAUUGAAGUAAUGGCAGCUGAGGUAGCUAAAAUAAGGCCUGCAUGUGUUUCUAGACCACAGACCACAGAGUGGUAUCCAUCCUAUAGACCUGUGAACCUCCAUGUUGAGAGGCCAGAUGCAGCUGCCUUUGAUAAAAGCACACUGGAAUCAGCACCAAGUCCCUUCAUUCCUACACUGGAAUCAGUGAAUAAAGCUCAAGAAGAGUUGACCAAGCAAAAAGAGGUGAUAACAGCCCAAGACAAUGUAAUUAAAGCUAAAUAUGCAGAAGUGGCAAAACAUAAGGAGCAAAACAAUGAUUCUCAGCUUAAAAUUAAGGAAUUAGACCACAAUAUCAGCAAACAUAAACGGGAAGCAGAAGAUGCUGCUGCAAAGGUAUCCAAAAUGUUGAAAGAUUAUGACUGGAUUAAUGCAGAGAAACACCUCUUUGGCCAAUCUAAUAGUGCCUAUGAUUUCAAAACUAACAACCCCAAAGAAGCUGGUCAGAGACUUCAGAAGUUGCAAGAAAUGAAGGAGAAACUAGGAAGAAAUGUCAAUAUGAGAGCUAUGAAUGUACUGACAGAAGCUGAAGAGCGAUAUAAUGACUUGAUGAAGAAGAAGAGAAUUGUAGAAAAUGACAAAUCCAAAAUCCUUGCAACUAUAGAAGACCUUGACCAAAAGAAAAACCAAGCUCUAAAUAUUGCUUGGCAAAAGGUGAACAAAGACUUUGGAUCUAUUUUUUCUACUCUUUUGCCUGGUGCAAAUGCUAUGCUUGCACCACCAGAGGGACAAACUGUUUUGGAUGGUCUCGAGUUCAAGGUUGCUUUAGGAAAUACCUGGAAAGAAAACCUAACUGAGCUUAGUGGUGGUCAGAGGUCUUUAGUGGCUUUAUCAUUAAUAUUAUCUAUGCUCCUCUUCAAACCUGCUCCAAUUUAUAUCUUGGAUGAGGUAGAUGCAGCCUUGGAUCUUUCUCACACCCAGAAUAUUGGACAAAUGCUGCGUACUCAUUUCACGCAUUCUCAGUUCAUUGUGGUGUCCCUAAAAGAAGGCAUGUUCAACAAUGCAAAUGUUCUUUUCAAAACCAAGUUUGUGGAUGGUGUUUCUACAGUAGCCAGAUUUACUCAAAGUCAAAAUGGAAGAAUUCCCAAGGAAACAAAAUCCAAGGCAAAAGGACCCAAAUGAGCAUAUGGUGGAAGUUUAAAAUACAAACGUGCACCUUGACCUGUUUUUCAAACAAUCUUUGAAGAACUUGGGAUCUGAUUUGUUUAUAUAAUGUUAUUUUGUUACUUAACUCAUAUUUUUUCUUUCUUUUUAUUAUCACUUAUAAAUGAGCAGAUUUCUCUCUCAAUUAAUGUAACUCUGGUCCAAUUAGUGUGGUUGUGAUUUUAUAUAUAUCAUCAAAUGCUUGUUUGUAUGCAAGUUUUUUAAUGUUUGUAUUAGGGAACCUGAGAUACCUAGUUGGUGGUAAAUUAUAUAUGGAAAGGCAAAAAUAUAAAGAAAAAGAUGAAAUUAAAUUACAGGAUAAAUAUAGCUGAUGGUCCAAUUUUAAUUAGUUUAAUUCCUAAGGCAGUAUUAAUGUGUUUUCUGUUGCUGAUAAAAAUCAUUUAGGUAAGGAAAAAUUGCAAAGUAAGUAGCUAGAACAACAAAGGGAACACAAAGAAAGCUAUUAUGCAUGCAUCAAGCUUUUUGAGGAUAGUCUCUUGAGGACACAAGGCCAGAUCCUGGAAUAGGAAACAGAUCUUCAAAAGAUUUCUCAUUUUAGUGAUGUUGAAAUAUCAUGUUUGUAUGUACAAUAAUUGGUUUCUAUAACCAUAUGUAGUUUUUUUUAUUUUUAAGCUUUAUGAGUAUUUUAAUGGGAGUUUGGAAAGAGGUGUGUUGUAUGGUGCUCUCUGUGGGUUUAUGUGCAGUCUCCCAAUAUAUUUUCAAAGAUUAUUGGCACCUUUUAGUAUUCUAAUCAAUGACCUAUUGGUGAAUGAGAGUUUAAGACCUAGCAGACUAAAUUAAAUGGAUCUUUUUCUUGAGUCUGAAAACUAUAUAAGUAAAUAGAUCCAUUUGUCCUAUUAAAUUACUCAAGAGCUUGAUGAUUAUCAUAAUUCUUGGUGCCUUCUGCUUUCCAUUUCAAGGGGGUGAGGUGAAAUUCCUUUAGAACUGGAAAGCUAAAGUUAUUAAACAUCAUGAGACUACUCUCUGUAGUUUUUUAUUAUGUCUUGAUACAUUGCCAAAAUAGUGUCUCCAAAUUAUGAAUCCUACAAGUUCUGAUGUAAUCUAAUCAUAUUGUGGAUGCAUUAUUUUGGGCCCAAAUCCUUACCUGAUACUUGAGCCUUAAUUCUUUAGCUAUUAUCAUUCUUUCCCUGAUAACAUGCUCAUAUUUCCUGACCCUGGGUUUUAACCUUUCUCAUUCUUCAUUCUCCAUACAUAUUUGAGAUGUUACAAUAAUAUCCAAGUAAUUGAUAUUUGGGGACAGAUUGGAAAGGAUUUAAUCUGGAGAGAGUUCUAUCUACUGUGGGAGGGAAAGGAGAUAAAAGCUAGAAAUACUGAGUUACAGAAUGUCCAGGAUCACAGGUAACAGACCUGUAGAGUUUGCUUCCUUUCAAAAAAGUAUUAAAACUAUCGACCAAAAUAGCAAUAUCCAUUCUCACUGUCACCGACAAAGUAUACCAGCAAAACUAAUCAGUACUAUUUAUUUUAAUAUUUCUGAUUAAACAAUUAAUAAAAUGGUACUUGAUUGCUAUGUUAGCCAGCAUUUUAGCAUAACUUAUGGGGUUGAAUAAUUUGCCAUUAUGUACUACUAAUUUCCUUUCCUGUGCAACAAUUUUCUGCUUGUGUGCUUUCCUGGUUUUUGUCUUGUAUAUAUUCGCACUCUGAAGAUUCUCAAAUAUAUUAAA